AUGGACACUUGUGGUAUUGGCCGGAGCCUGGUACAGAGCGUGGGCUGUCGCAAUGAAACCUUGUAUUCUACUCUCCCUGAAUCGGGUGUCAUACGGCUGGUGAAGAUUCUUUCUGGAGAUUGGGACGAAGAAAUAGUUUGCGACAUCUUCGAAACUUCGUUGGGAACAAUAACGCCUUACAAGGCCCUUUCAUAUGCGUGGCGUUUGGACCGGAACGAACCUGAUGCAACGAUAUUAUGCAAUGAUGUGGGUGUAGAGAUCAGCGCCAAUCUUUUCGAUGCUCUAAGGCAGUUGCGGAACGUUCACGUUCCAGUCGUUGUCUGGGUUGACUUUCUGUGCAUAAAUCAGCAAGAUGUCGAGGAACGAUCAUUGCAAGUUGCCAUGAUGAGGGAAAUCUAUGAGAAGAGUCGCGAAGUCAUCAUCUGGCUGGGGGAAGGCAGCAAGUAUGACCGAUUCGAAGAACGAGGGCGGAGUCAGCACCCAGCGCAGCUCACGAAAAGAGCUCGCGUUAUAGAGUGGUACGAUGAUGAGAGGGAUUCAGCAAAGGUAGAUUCAUAUCCUCAUGCGUGCAAAAACACCUCUUUGUUUUCGUCUACCAGUGCGAAGGAAGUAUAUGGUGCCUUCUGUACCAUCUACCUUUUAUCGAGGGGCGUGGCACCAGUAAACAUACACUUCCUAAAGCGCCUGCCUCUAGCAACAGACGUUAUGUCGGGAAUCAAGGCGUUGAUGAGUGAAACGUGGUGGCACAGAACCUGGGUGGUACAGGAAACAGUGGUUGCGCAAAAGGCAACAAUCCGCUACAGCAACAUCUCAGCGCCUUGGACAAUGUUCUCGUAUGCUGCCACGAACUACAGUCGGAGUCGACUUAAAGAUAAUCUCGACUCUACAAUGAUUCACCAUACCCAAGACCCGUUAGCGGACUUCUAUCGCAUCAUUACCAGCAUUGAUUCUACGAGGCAAGAGUGGCUGCAGUACCAGCCAAUUUCCCUUCUGAGCCUUUUGCGCAAGUUUCGCCCCAGAAAGGCAUCAGACGAGAGAGAUAAAGUAUUCGCUCUACUAAACCUCGUUCGCCACUGGGGACCAAAUGGACCAUUACGGGCCGAUUAUAGCCUCCAGCCAGGAGAAGUCUGGUUCCAAGUUACCAAGAAUACAAUCAAAAGCUCGGGCUGUUUGGAUGUUCUCGCGGGGACUCAUCAAGCCACUGGGGACUUAAAGAGAUACCCAUCUUGGAUUACGGAUUGGAAUACCUCACCACAACCUCAUGAGUCCGAAAGACUGUCUCGACUUACAUUGUAUGAUGCCUCGGGUCGUUCGCGAGGUCUUGUCCGGUUACACAACAGAUCAAUAUUGGAGGUUCAGGGGUUUUGCAUCGAUCAAAUAAAGUGGCAUGACGAGAAUCCGUUAGAAGGUCCGAUCAACCGUAUGCGAGACACAACAUUCAAUUGGAGACGACAAGUCGGAGUACAUACGACUGGGGAAUAUAUAUCAGGCGGGAGUCGACUGGGUGCAUUCUGGAGGACGCUUUGUGCCGAUAUACUCUACUCGACGCAAGAUGAGGCAGGAAGAACCUUUCAAAGAUCUACACCUGCAGGAAAAUCAAGCUACGUGAGCUGGAGCGAUCCGCUGCUUGAUACCUGGCGCCGCACCACCAUGAAUGGGGGUCUGCGAGACACCUUCCAGAUGGGCGAGCGGAAUGAGGACAAAAACGCCUUUCACUAUGCUGUCGAAUGCGCCAGUGAGGGUAGGAAAUUUUUCAUUACUUCUAAGGGUUAUAUGGGGGUUGGACCCGACUCGCUCACUAACGGGGAUUUGGUCUUUGUUUUGUUGGGAAGCAGAGUGCCUCUGAUUCUUCGGCAAGCAGCAGAAACCAGUGUAUGUCACGGUGAAGAGGUUGAGAUCCUUGUCUCGACGGGGCACGAGUCGGAAAACGAGACGCGAUGCUGUAGCAACCAUCGAACCUUUGAACUACUUGGAGACGCAUAUGUUCAUGGUAUUAUGGAUUACCAAACUGGAAUGAGGGAAGACCCCUUGUGGGACAAAGUUUUUCUUACUUGA